AUGUAUUCCAAUCGCAUUACUCGACAGCUCACGGUCAACUUGGAUCAACAGCACAUCAAUGUGCGUCCUGUAAUCAAAGGUGCUAUCAAAGAAGCAGCCCACACACUGACAUCAGCUUACAACAACGCAUCAAGCAAUAACAGCGUCCUUGUUGCCAAUUCAUGGCUAUGUCACAGCAGCAGCAAGCAUGAUGAAUUUUUAUACGUGCUUUUCAAAAACAUUGCGAAUGCUGCUACGUUGGCUAGCCGUGAUUACGCUAUUCAAGUUGAAGGAUGCUCAGGCGUUUUGGUGUGGAGCUUACAACGUAAAAGACCUAUUCGGGCAUGGAUACCCCCAUGUCUUGGUGGUACUUUGAGAUUAGCACGUUUGGUUGGAUGGACCUCUGCUCUCAAGAGCGCUAUUCAAUUUCAACCUUCAUGUGCCAAGAUGCGACGAAAACUUAUGGCCGAGGACGAGGACUACAUUACCAUCCAUUAUGUUGGCGUACUACCUCAUGAGAGGAACAAAGGAUACGGCCGUGCUUUAUUGCAACAUGUACUUGAUAAGGCGGAUGCAGCUCAUUAUGCAGUGUAUGCUGAAGUAUCGGAUGCAUACAAUGUCGCAUUUUUCGAGAAAAUGGGAUUCAUUGUCAGAGCCAAUGUUGUGACCAACAACAUCCCCGUGUUUCUAAUGGUGCGAGAACCAGUCAUUAGUCCUCAAUCACCAUCCCCUAUACCCCUUAUCAUUAGCCCUGGUCGUCGAAGGAACUCGACAUAG